AUGUUUAAGAAUACGAGUGAACUCUACGUAGUCAAAGAGUCCAUCACGGAUGGGAGCCUCUCGGAGCAUCUCGUCAACAUCAUCAUCUGUGAACCUGUCUCCCAUUGUGGUCAGCAGCUCACGGAGACGUUCCUCAUUGAUCACACCUUGGUUCUCUUCGUCAAAGCAACCAAAAGCAUUUUUGAUGACAUCCUCAGGAUCUGUUCCCUGCAGACGCUCACCAAAGAGUGUCAAGAACAUGGUGAAGUUAAUAGGACCAGGAGCCUCAUUCAUCAUGCCUUCCAAGUAAUCCUCAGUCGGGUUUUUACCAAGAGAAGCCAACAUAUCAUGCAGGUCAUCUUUGUCUACAAAUCCAUCCCUGUUCUGAUCAAUCAUGUUGAAUGCUUCUUUGAACUCAGCAAUCUGUGCCUGGUCAAACAUAGCAAAGACAUUGGAAGUGGCACGCUGGGCACGCUUCUUGUUGGUGCCACGGCGACCAGCUGUCUUGCGGGACGACAUUGUGCUAUUUGUAUUUUUAUAUUCAACACAACAAUAAAAUAA